UAUUCGUGUUUCAUAGUUGAUUGCAUCAACAGUCAAAUACUGAGAGACUUACAGCUUCAAUUACUUGUCUCUGUAAAGAAACACCAAAACACACAAAGGCACAGUAAACUUUUUUCUAUGCUAUUUCCAAAAUAGAAAUUACUGUGGAAAAAAAUAUCAACUAUCGAAAGAUAUACACCAAAUUUAUGGCUCGAAUACGUUUCUUUACGUAAAAGUGACAUUUUCGUCGUGCAAUUCGAUUUAAUUCUGAAUUCGUUCGGAAAUAAAGUAUCAAAUCUUAUCAUUCCAAUUGUGCAAAACCACGUACAUAAAUUAUUUAGUUGAAAAGAAACCACACAUACACACCAAUCGUGACCGAAAUUAAUCAAUUGUUUCCAACACAUUGAAAACUGAAUUCAGCGGAAUUAAACUUAAAAUAAACAGCAUACAGCCAGCACAUCAAACUUGAGUUUGAUAGAAACAAAAAAUAACACGUUUUUUUCGCUAUCUUUAAGUGAUAAGUCAAAUUAAAAGACCAAGCAAUUUUCGGAGAAGAAAAAAAUGGGCGACGAAAUGGACGAAUGUGCAUGCUUUUGGAGCCAUGAAUUCGCUAUGCGACGACUGUUGGCUUUACUGAGGCAGGGCCAAACUCAUUGUACAGACACCGAAUGUUUCGAUCCUCCAACGCUGCCGGAUAGUCAACGUGGUGGCGCUGACAGCGGAAGUGAUUUUAUGUUCAUGUCAAUUCUGUUAAUUUGUGCUGUGAUAUUAUAUAUAUUCCGACCGAAUCCAUUGCGACGAUCCAGAUUGGGUGAUCAGGACAAGUCUUCACGGCCACCUAGCGAUCAGAAUGGUCCAGAUGGAACACCACCAGCUUUACAUUGACCUAGAAACACAUAAAUAAGAACAAUAACGACACAAGACAGACGAUGCGAAUGCAGAUUUUAAAUUGUAAUCCAUCCUAUAGCUGGAGGGAAAAUAUGAUCACCCCAAAAAAGACAUUUUAUUUACAAUUAUGAGGUGAAAAACAAACAAGCAAAACACUUUAAACACGUAAGAAACUGUCUCUGAAUGUCCAAACAACAAAAUGUUACGCGGAAUUAUUCCAACUGUAUUUUUUUUUUGUCCAACUCCUCAGAAUAUCCAUUUGCAAUUUAAUUAUUUCUAUUAUGUUAUGAUAUCGUUAUUGAGGCAUGUUUUGCAAACAACACACACACAUCACUAUUGCAAUUGUGUAUGUUUUAUUAAGUUAAAAGAAAAUUUAUCAAAAAUGUUAUGAUAUAAUCAAUUGCAAUAUAAUAUGCGUUUGAAAUUUAUAAAUGAAAUGAAUCUCAAUACAAAAUCAAUAUAUCAUCAUUAAAUUUUUGCAUGUUUGGUAUAUGGUCGUUUAUGUAACAUUUAUCUUCCUAACUAAUCUUAUUAUGAUGGGAAUUUCCAAUAUAGAAAACGCACAAAAAAAUUCACAAAAAACAACAUUUUUUAAAAUAAAUUAAAAUCAAAAUGAAAUUCAAGUUUUUUUCAACUCGUAUACACGAUAAUGUGCAAUUUAGUGAAAGUAGUUUGAAAACAAAAUGAUUUAAGAACAUUCGUCUUUUUGCCAAUUCUUGUGGUCUUAUGAAAGAUUCUCUUUUGAAAGGAGUUUGAGAAUCUCUUUAUUGGAAAUUCUUACAAUGUUUCUUAUGUAAUAAUGAUUCAAAACAAAAAUCGCAAACACACACUUAUAUAUACACAAAAUUGAAUUUAUUUGAAAGGCCUAUUAGUGAUAUUGGAGCACAGCCCAAUUUAAUUGCAAAUCACCCCACACUCAUGCGUUUUUUUUAUUUUUAGUUACACAUAUACAAUUUAUUGUAAAUCCUGAUAAAUUCAAUAAAAAAAUCUAUUAAAUUCAACGUUGAUUGUAAGUGAUUUUUUGAAAUAAAUUGCCAACUGCUCAACUUUUUUUUAAAGCACAUCCAAUUUAGUUGUAACACUUUGCAACGGCAAAUUUAAUUCUAAUUUAAAUAUAGGACGUUUUUUGGACUAAUAUUUUGUUUUUUAAAUAAAAUGCUUUUUUCUACAAAUGCAAGACAAUAGUUUUGUAGCACUUCAUCCGGUGUAUUAUUAUUAAUAUAAGUUUUAAUAAAAAAAAGCAGAAGAAAGCCGAGCGAAAUAAAUGUGUUAUGUUAGGAACUGACAA